AUGACUGAUAUUCCAAGAUACGCUCUUGUCACUGGGGCUUCCUCCGGAAUUGGCUAUGCCACGGCAGUUGAACUUGCAAAGAGAGGGUUCAAGGUGUAUGCUGGAGCUCGGAGAGUGACUAAAAUGGAACCAUUGAAGGAAUACGGAAUUGUGCCAAUUGAGCUUGACGUGGGAUCUCUUGAAAGUGUUAUAUACGCCAGAGACCUUAUUUCUGCAGAAACUGAUGGUCACUUGGACGUGCUGUUCAAUAAUGCAGGAGGACCUUGCUUUUACCCCGGUAUUGAGGUCAAAGAGGAUGUUCUUUUACAAGUCCUUAACGUGAAUGUGGCGGGAGUGAUCCGCGUUACACGUGAAUUCUCGCCUUUGGUGAUCAAGUCUCAGGGCUGUAUCGCGUUCACUGGAUCUUUAUCUGCAUUGAUGCCUAUGCCAUUCGGAUCGGUAUACGGAGCCACAAAGGCUGCUGUGCACUCGUACGCGUCUGGACUAGAGUCCGAGCUCCGUCCAUUCAAUGUCAAGGUGUUGAACGUGGUGACUGGUGGUGUUACGACCGAAAUUUUCUCCAACUACCAAACCUUAGCAUCAGAUUCCCUCUACAAUGUUGGAGAGACCACUCGUCAGUUUAUCAAACAGAGAAAAGAAACAACUACAGGUCAAAGUACGCCAGCUGCUGAAUAUGCUAUCAGAGUUGUUGAUCAGAUGUUGAAUCGUACGAGAACUUGGAGGAUUUACGAAGGACAUGCAGCCUGGUUAGUCCGCUGGGCCACAACGUUACUCCCUGAUUGGAUCACGAGGCCCAUUUUCGAGCGGAAAUUUGGCUUCAAUCUGCUAGCAGAUGCGAUUGCCGCAAGACAGUCCAAGCUGGCAGUCGACUGA